AUGCAUCCAGGGAGCACAUGCAAGCAAUGUGUGGCGCCUGCAGUGUCGACUGACUGUCGCGACAUUGACCGCCACCACGCGAAUAAUAAAUCGAAACUUGGCGACGCGCCAACGGCCCUUCCCUCACCUUUGUUGCGGUAUCCCGCAAGUAUUGGCCAUAACGGGAAUACUAACUGCAGAAAAUCGAUACAAGGUUUCGGCACAUGA